AUGGCGCACCGCCGCGGGGACGAGGGCGACCGUGGGCCCGGAGCAGCCUACCAGGCGUUUGUAUCUAUGGAGUGUUUGCUGGAGAAGCUGCUCAUUCUAAACUAUGAAGAGGAGGUUCUGGCCAAACACAACACAAGGAGCCUGUCCAGACAUUACUUUGUGUCCAGUCCCUACCUGGAGGCCAACUCGGGUGAACAGUUCUACAUGUUCACCAUCAUCGCCUCCUGGCUCAUCAACGCCGCAGGCAGGCCAUUUGAUGAAAAUAUGGAGUGUGGAGAGCCCAGCGCCACCAUAUCGGACAUCCUCGCAGAGCUCCGGGCUUUUGGCGUCCGUGUGGACUUCCCGCCCUCCAAGCUGUUGUCCGGCUCAGGCGAGCAUGUCUGCUUUGUCCUCGACAGACUGGCUGAAGAGGCUUUGAAGAAGAGAGGCUUCUGCUUCAGGAGCCCAAAAUACCCGCCAGAAACCACAGAGGAACCCCUUGUGGUGGAGGACGACGUGGAACUCACCCUCGGCAACGUGGAGGAGGAGGCGAUUGAGGAGCUGGAUGAUGACGAGGAGAAUGUGAUGGACUUGGAGGCCUUAAAGUUACGCAGCACUCAAUGUGAAGUGUCCUCCGUAAAUACAGAAAUACUUCAGCCCACAGUAGACGCGUCUGAGUGGUACCUGGAGGUGGAGCGAGUCCUUCCGCAGCUCAAAGUCACAAUCAAGAAUGACAACAAGGAUUGGAGGGUCCAUGUGGAACAAAUGCACCAACACCGAGACGCCAUCUCGUCUUCCUUCAAAGAGGCCAAGGGAUACCUGGAGAAGCUGCGGGAGGACAUCGGAAAGACUUUGGAGAAGGUCCGCAGUCGAGAGAAGUACAUCAACAAUCAGCUGGAGCACCUCGUCCAGGAGUACCGCGGAGCUAAAGCCCAGCUCAGCCAGGUGAAAGAACAGUACCGGCAGGCCAGCGAGAAUCUGACGGAGAAGGCCCGCAUCCUAGCCGACAUGGACGACGAGCUAAAGCGGGUGAAGCAGGAGACCGAGGAGAGGAGCAGCAGCAUGUCGGACAAAGCGCCGCUGGUCAACAUCAAGCGCUGCGUCGCCAACCAGAAGCAAGAGAUCGUACAGCUCAGCAAGAUGAUCGCCAGUCAACGCUUGCAGAUGAAGAAGUCCAACAGCUUACGGGACACCAUCGACUUUACGGAGACGCCACGCUUUUCACGCAGCUCAGACGUGUGGACUUGGGAUUCUUGAACGUCAUCCAUAAUGCACUUAAAAACAUUCAUCCAUUAGGGUGAGCUGGAGCCUAUCCCACGGCGAUUCAAACCCAAGCAUCUUGACUGUGAGGCAGACGGGCUAGCCACUACUCUACCGUGCUGCCAUGACUGUGUCUCAAUGGAACACUUCCAUCAGUACACUUCAAUAAGUGCGCUUGGUACAUACACUGUGUACUUAGUUCCUGAGUGUGCAAGUUUUGAAAUUGUCUAUUCCAUUACUGUCGUUGCACACUUACUGGAAAUGACAAUCACAGUGUUUACGAUUUAAGUGAUUGCAUCAAAGGCAUCUCUCCCCUUCCGCCACUUUGAAGCCAACCAU